GUGCAAGGUACAAAUUUAACCUCGAACUUCGCUGUGAUAGUUAAACUAUCUUUUUAAUCAAUUACCUUUGAGUUCAAAUAUUAACUCUGGCCGUUUCUAGCGAGGUCACAUUGUUUUGGCGACGCGUGUAAACACUCCACGGAAUCGGCCAUCGAGAUAGGCUAUAAUAACCGGGGGCCGGAGCACAGUCAUAUUCACGCCCUGAUCCAUCCGCGCUCACGCAGCACACAUCUGCUCCCGAACCAAACGGUCUUUCUGCUCGAUCGCGCCACUAGCAAACGUUACCGUUGAGGAACAAGGGGACGUAUACCAGGACUGAGAUCGUAUCUGGUGAAACUAUAUCCGACCAACACUGCGGAUCUAACAGAUAAUUUCAACCCGAUUUCUGGAUUUGUUUUGGGUAAAAGAAGAAGAAACACACAAUCAAAAUGGUGGCCGGGUGCGGUGCUAAACUGUCGAAGAUGGUUCUCUUCGUCUUCAACUCCAUACUCUGGCUCGUUGCCAUCGCGUUGAUCGCCCUGGGAGGAUACGUGGUCGCUCGGCCCGCUGACUAUGGCGCUUUCUUCGGUGAUUCCGCCAACACGCUCAACAUAGCAUGCGGUGUGAUCAUCGCGGUGGGAUGCCUGGUAUUUCUCCUUGCCUUCGCCGGAUGUUUCGGCGCAUGUAAGGAAAGUGCCGGCAUGCUGAAAAUAUACAUCGCCGUGCUGCUGUUGCUUGUCAUCCUAGAGAUCGUCGGAGGAAUCUUGGCCCUCGUCUUCAGGAAUAGCAUCGAAAAGACUGCGACCGAUGUCUGGAAAGAGCAGAUGAAUUUGAAGACAGCGGAGUACGUUAAGGAUAAACCUGAUUUCGUUGACACCAUCCAAUUGGCCUUCAAAUGUUGUGGAUCAUCGGACUACAAGUCAUGGAAGAACACAGCGUUUCAAAAUAAUACUGUAAAUGCAGGCCUCUACGUGCCCGCUUCUUGCUGCAAAACAUAUGAGGCCGGAUGCAACGAUGCCACUACUGGAGGUGAUGACAUCGCUGACGACACAGCGAUCUACCUCGAAGGAUGCACGGACGAAGUGGUCAAUUUCUUCAAGGACAACUUCCUAAUCAUCGGAGCUGUGGCUCUGGGGCUGGUAGCUGCUGAGAUCCUUGCAAUGAUUUUUGCAUGCUGUGUCAUCAGUGGCAUCGAGCACGGAGAAUACGCCUAAACCAAGAUCCUUGCGAUGAUCUUCGCGUGUUGUGUCAUCAGCGGCAUCAGCAACGGCGAGUACGAGUAGAUGGUGUUCACAAAACUCCCUUCACUCAUCACGCUUGUAUUUUAGCUUGAUCUAUACAUUUUAAAAAAAAAGUGUUAACUCUCUGUAGUUUAAACAAUCAAACAACUCCUCAUAAAACCUUUGCUUAAAAAGUAAUUUAAAUAAAUCACAAGUGCCAAUCUUUCGAAUUUUAAAUUUUUCGUAGAAACCAAAGCCAGAUAUUUUUUUUCAAGAAUAUUUUUAAGUAGCACACGAUGCGAUGGUAUUUCAAAACUAUUCUGGAAAAAAAAAUAUUUUAGGAUGAAGGUAUAUUUCUUGUUUUAUCUGAAAUCCAGAAAACUUUCUGGUUUUUUUUACUAUAAACUAGAGUUUAGGCCUACUUUUUUCCUUGAAGGAUAUACUUAUUAAGAAUGGUUGAUUGGUUGUCAGUGGUUUGUGUGCCUUUAGGUGGCAUGUUUGGUGUGCUUACAAAAUCCUUUUUCCCCUGCACUGUAUAUUAACAAAAUACUGAAAUUUACCAACUGUAGUUGAGCGUGGUAAAACAGUUCUUUUUUAUGUCUAUUGCGUGCCAAUAACCAGUGUUUUAAACUGAAAUACACCUUUAAAUGAAAUGCCAAAAUGUUGGGCUAGUUGAAAUACAUGCAAGUCAAACCAGUAAAACAAAAGUUUGUACAAAAUUUGUAUAUCUGCCAGGUUGUGGCUUACGCUCUUAAAAAAGACCCGGAUCAGUCGACCCGGAUCCGGGUCAAAUGACCUGACCUUUUUUCGGGUCAAAAUGACACUUUUCUGGUCUCAUUUCCGGGCCAUUAAACCCGGAACAUUGUCAUGAUAUUGACAUUUAAAAAAAAAAAUCAUAUUGAAUAUAAAACAAUGUGUCAAUUUUACUUGAAACAAAAAUCGUCGUUUUAAGUUGACCCAAGAUUGUCAGGUCAAAUGGACCCAGAUUCGGGUCGACUUCGAUCCAGGACUUGUAUGGCGUUGUUGCAAACCUAUAGUUACACGUGCGUUUUAAUUCAUUUUGGGAAACAAAUAAUCGGUUUUUAAUGACUGCAUGUAAUAAGCUGCUAAAUAAUAAGUACACAUCUAUAGGUUUUUGCUUGUAGUAUUCGCCAUUGAUCGCUCUAAUUAUCCGAUAAGGUUAACCGUGAAAGGAGAUGACGUCACAAUGUGUCAUAAAUUCAGGACACCCUGAUCGGAUCGAAACAGUAGUAUAUGAGUCUUGAAAAAAAAUCCAAGAGUUGUUUUUGUGGGUCAUAUCCAAUAUGCCUCUGUCAUAAUUUUGGUGUCUGAAACUAUUCAUGCUGUAUAAUACAGACAAAUUCACAAGAACAUGUCACGUGCUAAUUAACAUUUAAUAAUGAAAAUGUACAUUUAAUUGAUUUUGGCUGUUCGUUUUGUUUUACCAACCUAGAUUUGAAUUAUACUUUGACUUAGCUGAAAUAGUCUCUCUUUUUUUUUGCUUUUGUUUGUUUUUGUGUUUUUUUUCAUCUUUUGAUCAUGUUAAAAACAGUCAUGUAAUUAUUAUCAUAAUGCAAUGUAUCUUUAGUACGUCCGUCAUGUAAUUGUAGCUAGUUCCGUAUAAACGUUUAUUGCUUGCGGCGGUAAGUCCAAUGUCUUAUAUGUAAUAAAUAAUAAUAAUAAUAAUAAUAAUAAAGCCUUAGAUGCUAUACAUAUCUUAAGCGGCAAAACAGGCACCUUGACGUUGGUCAUGAAAUUGCGUGUUACUGAAACCAUGCCCUUCCCUAACAAU